AGGCGUGCCAAAAUUGGCAGAUCAUUCAUCUAUUGGCUUUUCUGGAAUUCACCUUCUAAGCCCACCACCUAUCAGUGUCGUCAUGGACGAAUAAUUCAGCUCUCAGUUUCUUUGGCGCUUCAAAGUUGAGAGAUAAACUCUUUGCUCCUAAUGGGGAGAUUCAAUUGGCUAAGGCUAUGUCGACGGCAUUGGGUUUCAACCAUGCCUGUCGAAUGGACGAUUGAUGGAGGCGAUGGGUUUAGGAAAUUUUCUAUAAUAUUCCAAUCGUUAAAUCGUGAAAGAGCUUUGCACAGUUGCAGUUUUGGUACUGGGAAACCCCUUGAUUUCAUGACCCCAGGAAUGUCGUUGAAAGAGCGAUAUUUUCAUUCAACAGGGUCUCACUUCUCUGCUAAACAAGAUUACUACGAAAUUCUUGGGCUGCCCGAAAAUGCCACCCGAGAUGAGAUUAAAAAGGCAUAUCAUGCACUUGCCAAGAAGUACCAUCCUGAUGCUAAUAAAAAUAAUCCUUCUGCAAAGAGGAAGUUUCAAGAGAUAACAGAUGCCUAUGAGACUUUGCAAAAUCCUGAAAAGAGGAGAGAAUAUGAUACGAUGCGUGCCGGAAGUUCAGAAGACAUGGGAUAUGGUGCAAAUGGUGCUGAAGGGUUUGGAUUCUAUGAUGCAAGUGGUGCAAAGGGGUUUAGAUAUACUUAUCAAACAAACUUCUCUGAUUCAUUCUCUAAGAUUUUUUCUGAGAUAUUUCAAGAUGAGAUGGAUCAAUUUGCACCAGAUAUCCAGACAGAGAUCUUGCUCUCUUUUUCUGAAGCUGCUAAAGGAUGCACGAAGGAUCUACAGUUUGAUGCAUUUGUAACUUGUGAUUCUUGUGAUGGGCGUGGCUAUCCGCCUAAUGCCAAAGUGAAAGUUUGUUCAAUUUGCAGAGGCUCAGGGACAAUUACAAUUCCUCCAUUUACAUCAACAUGCCAUGCUUGUAAAGGAUCGGGCCGAAUAAUCAAGGAAUACUGCAUGUCAUGCCAAGGUUCAGGGGUUGUUGAAGGUGUUAAAGAAAUUAAAGUUACAAUACCUGCAGGUGUGGAUUCUGGAGAUACAAUACGUGUACCAGAAGCUGGUAAUAUUAGGCGACAAGGAAGUCAACUUGGUAACUUGUUCAUUAAGAUAAAGGUUGCAGAUGAUCCUGUCUUUACUAGAGAUGGUGCAGAUGUUUAUGUCGACUCCAAUAUUAGCUUUACACAAGCAAUUCUUGGUGGUGCAGUGGAGGUGCCUACACUCUCAGGAAAGAUUCAAGUGAAAAUCCCAAAAGGAUGUCAACAUGGACAACUUCUUGCUCUAAGAGGCAAAGGACUGCCGAAGCAUGGUUUUCUAGCAUAUCAUGGAGAUCAAUAUGUCCGUUUCCGUGUUAAUUUGCCCAUUGAGAUAAAUAACCGGCAACGUGCGAUUUUAGAGGAACUUGCAGAGGAGGAAAUUAAUAAUGAAAAUGAAAGCACCGAUGAAGGCAACUGGUGGGAGAGAAUUGUUGAACAUGUAACAGCUCCAAAGUUCAUGAUUGAGAUUUCUCUACUCUUGCUAAUCCUGCUCUUCCUCAAAAAGACAUUGGCCUAAACUCACUCCAAUCACAAUAUAUGCCACAACGGAGAGGAUAUAGGAAAUGCUCCGCCACCCCUUUUCUUUUUUCCAGUGGCCAGAGAUGGGGAUUGCUUGUUAUGGUUUUAGAGGGUUAAAUUCUCUAACUACCAAUAGUUUGCUUGAUUCAUCUGGUUACUGAUUACAAGGGCAUCAAAGAAUGCAUCCAUUCCCUCCACCGCCCUCCCCCCCAACAGACUUUUGGUCUUAUUAGAGUGCUCUAGCUGUCUGCAUAUGGUAGUUGUUGUAAAGCAACUAUACAAUAAAUGAAAAGGAAAUAUGCUUAUUUAUUAUUUAUUAUAUAAUAAUAUACAGCAGCAUCUUAAAUUGACUGUUGAAUAUAUUCUUGGAGAGAGGACAAACACUUUCUUUCUAAAUAAAAGAACAAGAGAUAUUUGAGUUUAAA